AUGGAUGAAUAUGAGAUCAAUAUCAAAAAGGCACCUAGCAAAAAGGAGAUCGAGCUUAGAUUGUUAGAGGAGGGUAAUGCCCGCAAUGCAGCACCCUCUCGCAGAUCUGUGGCGACAUGGAUAUCAACAGGGUUAGCAAUUGAAGAGGCUCAGAUUGCAUUGCUCAUCGAGGUCCAAAGGAUCGGAAGAAGAUCCACCGAGACACAGAGAUUAGACAUCGCCCGUCAAAGAGAUCGGCUCCAAGGCCAGAUAGAUGGAUUUGCUCGGUCUGCUCUAACACAUCUCGGGGAGGGAUUUGAUGCAGAUGAUGAACCUGAAGACUUGGACGUAGACAUUCUAGAUGAUCUCGAUGAUGACCCGGCGUAUUUCACAGAGACAUCUCACACAUGGACAAACUCUCCCGAGCUAACUGUAAUCCCAUUGCCAUCAAACCUGGGGGUUGACAGAUGCAGACGAUGCAUGGCAGAGGAUCUGAUUCCCCUGGAGAUGUCGCUUCGUGAAGGGCAGGCCAAUGAUGCCCUUCACAAUCUCCGCAUUUACCUUUGCAACAAGGCCAUCCUGUUCCGAACAACCGUUAGGCAGGCCAAUUCCCAGGCCCUGAAAACUCGAGCUUGGUCCCAGGUGACGUCGGUGCAGCAGGCAGUCUCCCUCCAUGCUAGCAUAUAUACAAAGACAAGGAAGCAAAUGAUGAAACUUGAGCCGGGGCAAGACCAGCUUCAGAAAUACAAACCCCUGCUUCGCGAGCAACUCAAAAUCAGCACUGCAGUGGGCGACCCAAAUGCCCGAGGUCAACGAAAUGAAUCUUUGGCUUGGUUUUGGUCUGUUGAAGUCGACCUCGGGGGUCCUGAUCAAUCGUGGAAUGAAGAAUUUUACCGAGUCCAUUGGCUGAGGGCAAAGGCACUACGGGAUCGAUGGAGGGAAGAAAUGCUAUUGGUCACAUUGGAGAUGGAUUGGACAUGUAAGUUCUUUUUGUGGAAAACAACCAUAUGGGGCGAGCACAUGCAGGAAUCAUUGGAGAAACGACUUCCGGGUCACGGAUGCUACGCCGGAAGGCAAUCCCACAUGUAUUCAUUGCUGGCACAGGAUGCGCAGGCAGCUUUUCAAGACCUACAAAACGUGUUGAUAGAGGCUGGAGAUGAAUGA